AUGGCGACAACAACUUCCGUCUCGCCCGCUACGCUGGAGCGAAAUAACUCACGACGAGGGUAUAACAAUUCAAUUCCCCACCGUUCCCAAUCGACAAGAGUGAAAAGUACUACCACCGAUUCACCACAACGAUCACAUUCACAUUCACAUUCACAUCACCAUCGACCGUCAUCAUCACGACAUGCGGCUGUAGAAGAAUCAAUCCCCCAGGCGAAUUAUGAGACUGCAAACGUCGCGCAACAAUCAAGAAAAACAUCAAGCAGAGACGGUUCAGCUCCUUCGAGACACGAAUCUACGAGAAGCGCAACCAGUAAUCAUCGGUCAACUCAUCACAGUCGACAUUCAAACGAGAUGGCCACGGCUGCAGCAAACGGCGGAGGCCCAGCCCCCGUGGUGACACCGCAAGAAUCCAGACAUGCGGCACACAAGGGAAAAUCGAGAACUACGAUACCAGCACAGUCCGGAAAUUGGAUUUUGGGCAAGACGAUUGGUCAGGGUAGUAUGGGUAAAGUGAAGCUGGCACGGAGGGCGGAAGGAGGUGAGCAGGUUGCCGUCAAAAUUGUUCCACGAGGAUCCACAGAUGAGAAUCACAACCAAAGUCGAGCUGAUAGAGAAAGAGCCGAUCAUUCGAAAGAAGUUCGCACCGCCCGUGAAGCGGCUAUCGUGACACUCCUGGAUCACCCAUAUAUCUGCGGCAUGAGGGAUGUUGUGCGUACGACUUAUCAUUGGUAUAUGCUAUUUGAAUACGUGAAUGGGGGACAGAUGCUUGACUACAUCAUCUCUCAUGGAAGAUUAAAGGAAAAGCAAGCUAGGAAAUUCAGCAGACAAAUCGCCAGCGCCUUGGACUAUUGUCAUCGAAAUAGCAUUGUUCACAGAGACCUGAAGAUUGAGAACAUCCUCAUUAGCAAGACGGGCGAUAUCAAGAUUAUUGAUUUUGGCUUGAGUAAUUUGUUCGCACCACGAAAUCAUCUCAAGACUUUCUGCGGCAGUCUCUAUUUCGCGGCCCCGGAGUUAUUGCAGGCAAAGGCAUAUACCGGACCCGAGGUGGAUGUUUGGAGUUUUGGUAUCGUGCUUUACGUUCUGGUCUGCGGCAAGGUUCCUUUUGACGACCAAAGUAUGCCGGCAUUACAUGCAAAGAUCAAGAGAGGCAUUGUAGAUUAUCCCAAUUGGCUGACUCCUGAAUGCAAACAUCUUAUAUCAAGGAUGCUGGUCACUGAUCCAAAGCAACGUGCAACACUACAGGAAAUCAUGAGCCAUCAGUGGAUGAUAAAGCAAUACGGUGGUCCACCUGAAAACUACCUGCCAGUUCGAGAUCCCUUAACACUUCCUCUGGAUGACGAUAUCAUCAACAGUAUGACCGGCUUUGACUUUGGCUCACCGGAACUCAUUAAACAACAAUUGACUGAUGUCAUCAAGUCUUCCGAAUAUGGUCAUGCCGUGCGUCUGGCAAUGCAGGAACGAGAGAAUUCUGGUCCUCCUCGCGACUCGGAGAGGAAGAGAGGUGUAUUCGAUUUUUACAAAAGAAGAAAUUCUACCACGAGCCGAGACACCUUGACUGCACCGAGUUCAGAACUCCUCCAACUCGGCAACGACCCUGUGAACGCCUAUCACCCUCUCAUUUCUGUGUAUUACCUUGUUAAGGAGAAGCGCGAGCGUGAUGCACUUGAAUCUAGCCCAGGCGCAACUUCAAUGCCACGGAUGCCAGGCGAAGCUCCACUACAAAUGGCAGAAAUCUCGGCUCCCAAGCCAGCUUAUACAAAUGCAACGGCCUAUGAGAUGCCUGGUGAGAAAGCUACCGGAGGUCGAUCACGCCCGCGUGCCCGCACUCACGGCGAGGAUGAAGUGACGGAAGGGAUGAAGAAUGUCAAACUUGGUGGCUCUACUGCCCCUCCAUCACCUGCAAUAGUGGAACCUGUAGAACAAUCGGCUAGGAAAGAAAGCACUGCUGCCGGUAUUCUGAGAAGGUUCAGUACACGACGACGCAAGGAGCCUCCACAAUCUGAAAAAGCCGGCAAUCAUCUCACUGUCGGUUCUUCAAAUGAGCCAUCAACACUUAGAAAGAGUUUCAGUGUGCGCCGGCAUCGAGAUCGGGAUGGAGAUGGACAUCUCCGCCCAAGUGGAAGUGAGCGCCAACAUAGUGAUCUUCUCACUCCACCAUCUGCCGAAAAUUCUGGAAGUUCUAAAUUAGGUCGGUCGACGAGCGUUAAUUCCGCAGAAUAUAGACGACGAGAAAAUCGACGAGGAGCCGGAUCAGGAGCAGGAGUUGCUGCUUCGGAAGCAAUGCCACCACGGGUUACUUACAAAGACCCACCUCCAACUAGUGGUUCCGAUCAUUCAACGACGAACGAGAAACCUCCCCGCGAGAGCGAAAGAGCUGGUCUGAAUCCUAGAGCCGCCACUAUGAGAGCCAAAUCAUUGGGCCAUGCAAGAAGAGAAAGCAUACAAGCUCGACGAGCUCGAAGGGAGGAAGCUAGAGAAGCAAAUGUACCCGAGGAGACGGAUGUUGAAAUGGGCGACAAUAGUGGUCUAUCAACCGAACGAGUUGACAAUGCAGAGAAUGUCAAACCCGUAUUUCUCAAAGGGUUGUUCAGCGUAUCGACCACAUCAACCAAACCGGUUCAGGCCAUUCGCAUGGAUAUUAUCAGAGUAUUGAGGCUCCUCGGGGUGGAAUAUACAGAAAUACGAGGCGGUUUCAGUUGUCGGCACAUUCCUAGUAUUGAUUUAAAGAAGGUUGUCGAUGUACCUCCUAGCAGCCACGGCAAUCACACUCCUGGACAUAGAAGAAAGAUUAGUUUCGGAGGCUUCAUGGGAGGUGGUAAUAGUGCAGAGAGAGAUCGCGAGGAUUUCCGAGAAGCAGAAAGAUCACCACCAAACUCCAGAACUCCACGUCGAACUCGUGGUCCCGAGAAUAGCUACUCAAAUUCGGAUGCUUCUGAUGAGAGUGUUACUAGACACGGUGAUUCGUCAGCUAGGGCUGUAGGCGAAACUAGCACACAUGUACAGAGUGACCUUGGCGGUAGUAUGAUUCUCGAAUUCGAGAUCUUCAUCGUCAAAGUUCCUCUCCUCUCCUUACACGGCAUUCAAUUCAAAAAGCUUCGUUCCGGGGGAACUUGGCAAUUUAAGAAUAUGGCAGAUCAAAUUCUUCGCGAGCUCCGACUAUGA